UUCUUCUCUAUGUACGAAUUCAAGCAAGGGUGAAAGGUUCGACUUUCGUGAAACAAUGACACGAUGAUGACAACAUCCUCCUCCCCGCGAGUUUCCCCCUUCUGGCUUUUGAUUACUGUCUCUCCCGCUCGACCUUUCUGCCUUCUAUUUCUUUGAUUCCUUCGCCCUCCUCUCCACCUAUCAGCAUCAGCUUAGGUGAGAGCCGAGAAGCAAUCCAACUCUCUCUCUCUCUCUCUCUCUCGCCGUCGUAUCUCUUAUAUUACUUCCUCCUGUUUCUACUGGUACAGAGAGAGAGGUAGAGAAAAGAAGGCAUGAGGGAGCGUGAAGAUGCAGAGAUCGACCGCCUACCUGUGGACCUUCUCGCUCAUAUCUUUGUUCUCAUCUCUUCCUUCACUGAUUUGGCCCAGGCCAGUAGCGUCUGCAGGAGAUGGAGACAAGGGGUUAAGCAAUCCCUCGCCCGUAGAGAACGCCUUAGCUUUGCUGGUUGGAAGAUGGAUGAUGAAUCCACUGCCCGCAUCGUUCGUUGUGCUUACAGCCUCAAGGAGCUCGACAUUUCAAGAAGUCGGUGGGGCUGCCAAAUAACAGAUGAUGGACUACAUAAAAUAUCAUUGGCCAAGUGUGUCAGCAACCUGACCUCAAUAUCCCUGUGGGGCAUGACAGGCAUCACGGAUAAAGGUGUUGUUCAACUGGUUUCAAGAGCUGUUUCUUUGCAAUACCUCAAUAUUGGCGGUACAUUUGUUACUGAUGAAUCUCUCUUUGCAAUUGCAAACAACUGCCCACAUUUGAAGACCAUCAUCCUCUGGAGCUGUCGCCAUGUUACUGAAAAUGGACUUAUCAUGCUUGUAAACAAAUGUUGCAAACUUGAGUCAAUAAACGUGUGGGGGAUGAGGGUUCCUGUGGAUUGCUUUAUUGGUUUGCUUGCCAUUAGCCCUGCCCUUCAGAUAAAGCCUUUGGGAGUGCCUCUUAAUGCUAGUACAGUUUCACUAUGGCCCAUCAUGUAACUUGUCAUGUUUUUUAAUUGCUUUAAGAUGGUCUAUGUACAUAAUUGUUUAUUGCUUUUCCAGUAUUAUAAAGACACCAUCGACUUGGUUGUAUUAAUUCACUUUUAGUUCAAUUGUUUCAUUGUGAAUCA